UAGUUGACCCUCUUUGCAGCCAUGAAUAUUCCGGCAUGCAUACCGGAGUUUCAGUUUCUUGAAACUCCGGUGACCCAACAAAACAAACUUAUUCUAAUCAUCAUACAUCUCACCAUCAUCAUCUCCUCCAAUCCAACAAACUCACAAUCUUUAUCUUCCUCUCCAACCGAUGAUAAUACUCCAAAGUCAACGGAUUCCGGCGACAGAUUUCAACCAAGUUUAGUAGUUGUCAUAGGUGUUCUCACCCUCAUGUUAUCUCUAACAUUCUUACUGUUAAUCUACGCAAAACUUUGGCACACACCAUCUUCUCUUCAAUACUUAAAUCAAGAAAACUUUGGUGGGUUAACAAGAUCAGUUAUUAGGGUUUCUGGCAUCGAUAAAACAGUGAUCGAAUCACUCCCAGUCUUCCGGUUUUCAACGUUAAAAGGGUGGCGAAACGGCUUGGAAUGCUCUAUUUGUUUGUCAAGAUUUGAAGAUGUUGAGGUUCUUAGAUUGUUGCCUAAAUGCAAACAUGCUUUUCAUAUUGGUUGUGUGGAUAAGUGGCUUGAAAAUCACUCGGGUUGUCCGCUUUGUAGGUGUGAAGUAAGCGAAGAGGAUGUGACGCGUUGUGAGUUUUCGAGUAGUUUAAGGUUUUUAAGCAAUCGAUCGGCUCGUGAAGGGUUAAACUUGGAGUUGUUUGUUGAAAGAGAAGGGUCCGCGAGAUUCGGAAGUGGAAGAAGUGUUGGAAACAUUGAAGUAGAUGAGUAUGAUGAAGAAGUGUUGCAUAAGUUUAAUCAUAGGAUAAUAAUAUCCGAUAUUGAGUAUGGUUUGAUGGGGAAGAAUAGAUGGAGCAGUUUGAGCUCUUCUGAUCUUUUGGUUUUGAAAUCUGAGAUGAUUACUUCUUUGUCAAGUAACUUUUUUCAUAAUGAUCAAGAUCAAACUAGUGUUGCUUCUAUGUCAAGUAACAAGUUUGAUCGUUAUCCGGUUAUUAAAACAGGUUUAAACAAUAAUGACCAUGAUCAUCAUGAUCAUCAUAAGAUCAAGGAAGAAAUCAAAAGAAAAAGGGAAUUUGAACAAUCUGCUAAACUUGUUGAGAAACGAUCGAUGUCGGAGAUCAUUGUUCAUCCAAGAUUUCUUGGUGUUGAAUCAAGUAACAAGGAAGCUAAUGGUGAGGUUAGUGCUAAUGAAGAUAGAUUAAAGAAAUUAUGGUUACCUAUUGCUAGAAGAACAAUUCAAAUGUUUGCAAGUAGAGACCAACCACCAGAAAUUAGCACAAGGACACAAGUUUUGUAAGUUUAAAAAAGAUUGUAUACUUUUCUAUAGAAAUUUGUUUUGGUUGUAGGCAUAGUUAAAGAGUACAUAUCCAGUUUUUGUAACAUAUUAGUAGUAAAUCGUAUUAAUGUAUCUUGUUCCUUGCAUGUA